AUGCGCUUACUAGUAUUUUUCUUCAUCUUCCUCGAGUUCCUUGCUGGAGUCAUACAGGCUGCACCUACAACGAAUACAACGAAUACUACUACUAGCGACAACGUGGAAGCCCCAUCUUUCACAACCAGAACCUUAUGGACCAUCAUCUCCAGCUCCAUUCUCACUCUUUUUGCAUGCGUUUACAGUGCCAUCCACCCCAAUAUCCCGAGUCAUAAGGACAGUGGCUACCCUCAUAUCAUAUGGCGACAACUUAGCAUGAUAAUAAUGGCACUGAUCGCUCCUGAACUAAUCGUUACAUGGGCUAUGCGCCAGCGGUUUAGCGCUGAUCAAUGGACUCAGACCCACAGCUUCUUUGUGCUCAUGGGCGGUUUCAUGCUUUAUGUGGACGGUGAACCCUACUGUACACUGCAACCUAAUCACAUUCUCAAACUGAUACACGAAAAAUGUAUCGACGUCCCUACCCUAACGGCAAAGCAAAUCCACGACAAGAGCAAAGGCAACGCGAUAUCGAAAGGAGUAGUGGUCCUUCAGGUGGCCUGGUUUGUUAUACAGCUAAUCACGCGCGCCAUCUAUCACCUCGAAACAACCCAGCUCGAAGUGGGGACACUCGCUUUUGCAGUUCUCAAUUUCCUGACUUAUGCUGCAUGGUGGGACAAGCCUCUCGAUGUGCAAUGUCCAUAUCCAGUGCACUGGAAGUCGACCGGCUCGAAGGCAACUGUGACGCCAGAGUAUUAUAUUGAUGAAAAAUAUGAAAUCACACAGUUUGGCCCCUUGUCUCCAUUCUUCCGCCCGAUUCUAGAAUUAGUAGGCUAUCCUGGCAUUCCCGCAUGUUGCAAGCUCCAAGUUCCAACAUUCGAUGGUAGCAUCAAACUUGUAUCUUAUUCGGACAAGAUAGCUCUUCUGCUUGCUGGAUUGCUUAUGGCAACCAUAUUUGGCGGCAUCCAUGCUAUGGCGUGGUUUUUUGUCUUCCCCACAUAUCAGGAACAGGUCUUAUGGCGCAUGAGUGCCGUCGCUAUAACUUGUACGCCCUGGUUUGGUUUACUUACUACAGCGCUCCUUGCAGCCAUGAACGCACCACUUAAAUUGUUCAUCCUUCUCUAUGCAUUAUGUACCUUGUUUUACAUCAUAGCCCGUGCCGUCCUUUUAGUACUUAUGUUCACCACUUUACGCAAUCUUCCUCCUGAUGCGUAUAAAGCGCUGUUGUGGACUAGUUUGGUGCCGCACUUAUAG